CCAUUUUAAAGCAGACGGACGAAAACAUCAAGUCUGGAGCAAGUUUUCACCAAACAGCUUCCUUCAGUGUCCAACGUUACCAGCUGAUCACUCAUGAACUCCUGUAGAGCAGGGCGCCAUAAUGGCGAAAGUUAAAGAGGAGCUCUUGAAUAUUCUUGAAAACUUAAAAGAAGAUGACUUUAAGAAGUUCAAGUGGAUCCUGGAGCAGGAUGACAUCCUGGAAGGCUUUAAAGGCAUCCCAGUGGCUAAGCUGGAGAAUGCAGCAAGGACACAGACAGUGGAUCUGAUGGUACAGAAACAUCAGGAUCAUGGAGCUCUGCAGCUAACCAAGAAGAUUUUAGAAAAGAUCGGCAGGAAUGAUCUGGUGCAGCAUUUACAAAACUUCCAACCAGAACCUAAAGCAGAUGGCCGGCGGCACAAGGUUUUAGGUAAAUAUGAUUUCAUUCUGACAAGGAAAUGUCAACAAGUGACUGAUGGAACUGAUGAAUCAGGAAGAAAAACCCUCCUCAAAAAGAUUUACACUAAGGUCUACAUCACAGAGGUACAGAGUGAAGAGGAUAACGCCCAACAUGAAGAGAAGCAGCUUGAAACAGCUUCCAAGACAAAGACCCUACAUGACACUCCAAUCGAGUGCCACGACAUCUUUAAAGUCUUACCUGACCAAGAGGAACACAUCAUCAAAGUUGUUCUGACGAGCGGCGUCGCUGGCGUUGGAAAAACCUUCUCAGUGCUGAAGUUCAUUCUGGACUGGGCAGAGGGCUCCAAAAACCAAGAUAUCAGUCUGGUGAUUCCACUUUCAUUCAGGGAACUGAACGUGGUCAAAGAUGAGCCGCAUAGUCUUCUCACACUGAUCCGUCGUUUCUAUCCAACAUUAGAGAACAUCACAGCAGAGAUGCUCGACUCUGAAGACUUUAAAGUUUUGUUCAUCUUUGACGGCCUGGAUGAAAGCAGACUGUCACUGGAUUUCGAGAACAAUGAGGAUGUGUCUGAUGUAACACAGAAAUCAUCAGUGAGCGUGUUGUUGACAAACCUCAUCAAGGGGAAUCUGCUUCCCUUGGCUCUCAUCUGGAUCACUUCCAGACCUGCAGCAACCAAUCAGAUCCUAGAUCAGGAUUGUGUUGACAGGAUAACAGAAGUACGAGGCUUCACUGAUGACCAGAAGGAGGAGUACUUCAGGAAGAGAUUCAGUGAUGAAGAGCAGUCCAGCAAAAUCAUCUCACACAUCAAGACAUCCAGGAGCCUCCACAUCAUGUGUACCAUCCCAGUCUUCUGCUGGAUCAUUGCUAGAGUUGUGAAGCGCAUGUUGACUCCAGACCAGAGAGGAGAGCUGCCCAAGACCCUGACUAACCUGUACUCACACUUCCUGGUGGUUCAGACAAAGAGGAAGAAGAACAAGUAUGAUGAGGGACUUGGGACCAAAAAUCAGAAGCUGACGGAGGCUGACAGUGAAUUUCUUCUGAAGCUGGGGAGGCUGGCGUUUGAACAUCUGGAGAAAGGAAACAUCAUCUUUGACCAAAAAGACCUGGAGCAGUGUGGUCUUGAUGUCACAGAGGCCUCUGUGUUAUCAGGAUUUUUUACAGAGAUCUUCAAAACGGAGAGUGUGAUCUUCGAUGAAAAAGUCUACAGCUUUGUUCAUCUGAGCAUUCAGGAGUUUCUGGCUGCAGUCUACAUGUACCACUGUUACACCAACAGCAACACAGAGGUACUGAAGAGCUUCCUGGGAGAAGACUACAGUAACUCAACUCUGGAUGUCUUCCUGAAGAGAGCCAUGAAGAAAUCUCUCUACAGUAAAAAUGGCCACCUGGACCUGUUUGUUCGCUUCCUUCAUGGCCUCUCUCUGAAGUCCAACCAGAGUCUCUUAGGAGGCCUGUUGGGGUGGACAGAGAACAGUCCAGAAACCAUCCAGAGAGUCAUCAACAACCUGAAGUGGAUGAACUUUUGGGAUAUCUCUCCUGACAGAAGCAUCAACAUCUUCCACUGUCUGAUGGAGAUGAACGACCGCUCAGUACAUCAGGAGAUCCAAGAGUUCCUGAAGUCAGAGAACAGAUCAGAGAAGAGACUCUCUGAGAUCCACUGCUCAGCUCUGGCCUACAUGCUGCAGAUGUCAGAGGAGGUUCUGGAUGAGUUGGACCUGGACAAGUACAACACAUCAAACGCGGGACAACUGAGACUGAUCCCAGCUAUGAGAAACUGCAAAAAGGCUCGACUUUGUAUAGAAGAACUCUCAGACCCCCAGUAUGAAGUUAUGGCCUCAGCUCUGAAGUCCAACCCUCAUCUGACAGAGCUGGAUCUGAGUAACAACCUCCUGCGUAAUUCAGCAGUGAAGCUUCUGUGCGGUGGACUGGAGAGUCCAAACUGUAAACUGAAGACUCUGAGAUUGAGUAACUGCAGUUUGUCAGAGACCAGCUGUGCUUCUCUGGCCUCAGCUCUGAAGUCCAACCCCUCCCAUCUGACAGAGCUGGAUCUGAGUAGAAACGAGCUUCAGGACUCAGGAGUGAAGCAGCUGUGUGAUUUUCUGAAGAGUCCAGACUGUAGACUGAAGACUUUGAGAUUGUGGGGCUGCAGGCUGUCAGAGAUCAGCUGUGCUUCUCUGGCCUCAGCUCUGAAGUCCAACCCCUCCCAUCUGACAGAGCUGGAUCUUAGCUGGAACAAGCUGAAGGACUCAGGACUGAUGCUGCUGUGUGAUUUUCUGAAGAGUCCAGACUGUAAAGUCAAGACUCUGAGAUUGUUUCGCUGCAGUUUGUCAGAGACCAGCUGUGCUUCUCUGGUCUCAGCUCUGAAGUCCAACCCCUCCCAUCUGACAGAGCUGGAUCUGAGAUACAGCGAGCUUCAGGACUCAGGACUGAAGCUGCUGUGUGAUUUUAUGAAGAGUCCACACUGUAGACUGAAGACUCUGAGAUUGAUUGGCUGCAGGUUGUCAAAGAUCAGCUGUGAUUAUCUGGCCUCAGCUCUGAAGUCCAACCCCUCCCAUCUGACAGAGCUGAAUCUGAGUGACAACAAGCUUCAGGACUCAGGACUGCAGCUGCUCUGUGAUUUUCUGAAGAGUCCAGACUCUAGACUUGAGACUCUCAGUCUGUAUGAGUGCAGGUUGUCAGAGAUCAGCUGUGCUUCUCUGGUCUCAGCUCUGAAGUCCAACCCCUCCCAUCUGACAGAGCUGGAUCUGAGUCACAACGAGCUUCAGGACUCAGUAUUGGAGCUGCUCUGUGAUUUUCUGAAGAGUCCAUACUCUAGACUUGAGACACUCAGAUUGUUUCGCUGCAGUUUGUCAGAGAUCAGCUGUGCUUUACUGGUCUCUGCUCUGAAGUCCAACCCCUCCCAUCUGACAGAGCUGGAUCUGAGAUGGAACAACCUGAAGGAUUCAGACCUGAAGCUCCUGUGUGAACUAAAGGAGAGUCCAGACUGUAGACUGGAGACUCUGAGCUGGGAGAUACCUGUGCCAGACUAUCUGUCUCUGUAUGAAGAGGCUGAGUAUAUAUCAUGAACAUCCAGGAGUAUUGAGAGAGGAUCAGCUGGAUCCUGAUGAUCCAUCUGGAGUCUGGAUUUCUGGAUUCUGUCGUCUUCACUUAAGUCUCUUAAUUGACUACAAACUGAAGUUAUCUCUGGAUUUAGCUGAAGUCAGCACUUUACAGAUUUGUUCUACAUGAGCUGUUUGAUGCAGAAAAGAUAAAAACAGGUGUUAUAAGUCAGAAUCUGAGCCUGGGCUCAUAUUUAUCAAGCGUCUCAGAAUCACACUGAGAGUUAACGAGGACUAAAACUAAUGAUUGAAGCAGAAGAGAAUUGACUGUGACUUUCAGCAGGAGAAGGAUUACUGCUAGGAGAGAGUGAGACGUCGCUGUUUUAUCACAGUCAGAGCAGCAAAGUAGAAAUAAUGAUGACGUGUUGUAGUUUUCUCACAGUCUCAGCUGGAAAUAUUAAACAGUUUUAAUUUGGUAAAUUAUGUUUGUAUUCAUUAUGUGUAUAAGCAGGUAACUUACCAAGGUUAUGUAAUAAUACAAUGUCAGAAUUCAUGAUAACAUUUAUUAUAAGUUGAUAUUUACAAACUGAAAUCAAACUAAAUUACUUCUUUAAACUUUUUAUCCACUGAUCUACCAAUUAUUUUUGUUUUUUAUGCUGUACAUCUUAAAUUUGAAUCUUAUGUUUGUUUUUCUGGUUUAUUUUCUUUCUGUAUGUGGUUUGUUUUGUGUAAAGCGUUCUGUGACAUUGGUUUUAAGUUUUUUUAAGUUUUAUACACUUCUUUGCUUUGUUCUUGGUGAAAACAAGAACAAAUUCUAACAGCAGAAACAUAUGUGGAAAUAAAUGAACUUGCAAUGUUCUUGUCCUGGGUCGAACUUCAGCUUCAUUUAUAACAUCUAUUUUUACUUUAGUUAUUUUCUCUCUUUGUGUAUAAAUGAGCCACAUUCGACUGAAUCUGUGUUCUUUGUUUUGGAUAUCUGUUGCUCUGUUAGAAGUUUUAGUCUAACCACUGGACCACCAGGACGCACCAUCUGAGUUUUGGGUUACGAUUUAUUUUAAAGCUUCAUCAUUCUUUAACUUGUGCAAUAUAUAUAUUCCUACUGGGAAACUGGUCUCGAAAAUUUUGACCACACAACUGCAAAUGAAAAGUACAGUACAAAUUAAAUGCAUUAUUAUAUUUGUUGUUUAUUAUUACUGAGCAAUUACUGUUACCUUACAGAUGAACCACAGAGCUAAGCAUCUCUUUCUCUGGAAACUAAUCUCAGCAACUUCAUAAUAUGUUCCUUGUAAAUGGCUCCUGGCAUUUAAGCUGAAUAAAAUUAUCAGCACCUUGUGUAAUGUGAACAUGGUGUAUAGUCUGUGUAGUUGUGCAUAGAUUGUGAAAGUUUCAUUCCACAGAAGGGCAGCAUUGCAAAUCGUGGGGAAUGUGGAAACUGGGUCAGUCUGUGUUGUGUUCUGCUGUUAAAAUGAGUCAAAAAGACAGCAAAAACUUAGGCUCUUAUCUCUGCAACACUACUCUCUCAGUCAGGAUAAAUGCAGACUGAACAUGUAAAUGACAUAAAAUACAAUAAAAUGUGAACAAAG